AUGGUGAAGCCCGUUAUUUUUGCCAUUUGUUUAGGUGUUCUAUUAUCUAAGGCACUCUCCAUCCCACUCAGAAGUUUUGCGGAUAUUGAACUAAUUGGCUCUCAGAAGAGUCUGUUUCCCUUUCUUGGAGGGUCUGCGCCAUAUUUCUCCUUUCCCGCUAACUACGGUAUACCCACUGAUAUUCCUGAAGGUUGUAGAUUAACGCAAGUUCAAAUGAUUGGCAGACAUGGCGAAAGGUAUCCUACCAGAAGUGAGGCCAAGGAUAUUUUUGAAGUAUGGUAUAAAAUAUCCAAUUACACAGGUAAGUACGAGGGAUCAUUAUCGUUUUUGAAUAAUGGAUAUGAAUUUUUUAUUCCCGAUGAAAGUCUUCUAGAAAUGGAGACAACUUUGCAAAAUUCGAUUGAUGUGUUGAACCCGUAUACAGGAGAAAUGAAUGCAAAGAGACAUGCAAGGGAGUUUUUAGCAAAAUAUGGAAAAUUGAUGGAGAACUGUACCAACUUUCCUAUCUUCACCACAAAUUCGAAAAGAAUCUACGAUACUGCGCAAUAUUUUGCCGAGGCUUUGGGCGAUGGCUUUAAUAUAUCACUUCAAACACUUAGCGAAAAUUCCUCGUCAGGAGCAAACACAUUAGCUGCCAAAAGUUCGUGCCCCAAUUGGAAUUCGAAUGCCAACAAUGAUAUAUUAAUGUCAUAUUCGAGGGACUACUUAGAAAAUAUUUCCGAUCGUCUUAAUGACGAAAAUAAAGGGCUGAACUUGAGCAGGAAAGAUGCAGCGGCCUUGUUUUCUUGGUGUGCCUUCGAGUUGAACGCAAAAGGUUAUAGUAACAUUUGUGACAUUUUCUCCGCGGCAGAGUUAAUACAUUAUUCUUAUGAGACUGAUUUGACGAGCUUCUACCAAAAUGGUCCCGGAUACAAAUUGAUUAAAUCUAUAGGUGCUAAUUUGUUCAAUGCAACAGUGAAGCUAAUACGACAAAGUGCGCACUUGGACCAAAAAGUUUGGCUGAGCUUUACGCACGAUACUGAUAUUCUAAAUUAUUUGACAACUGCUGGAUUGAUUGAUGACACUAGAAAUUUAACAACCAAUCAUGUUCCCUUUCGUGAUCAUUCCUACCACAGGUCGUGGUACAUUCCUCAGGGAGCUAGAGUCUACACAGAAAAGUUUCAAUGCUCAAACGAUUCGUACGUCCGUUAUGUGGUCAACGAUGCUGUGGUUCCUAUAGAGAGUUGCUCCAGUGGUCCAGGUUUUUCAUGUGAAGAGGGCACAUUUUACGAGUAUGCCAAAGACAGAUUACGAGGUGUGAGCUUCUAUGAAGAUUGCGACGUCUCCAAAGUUAGCAAAGAAAAGGAAUUGACGUUUUACUGGGAUUGGAACACAACAAGGUAUAACGCAUCCUUAGUGAAUCAAUAA